UUCCGCGCCCGCCAGUUGUGCGCUAGUGGUGCAGUCGAAAGUGUGUACUUUCUUGCACGUGUUUGUUCAACAACAUUGUUGUUUAUAAACAAUGACUCAAAGUCUAUAAACUGAACUGUGUGGUGUAUAUGUUAACAUAAUUGCUUGGAUUUUCUAUUUUGGAAACUAAUUGAUAGAUAGGAGGGGAUGCCGAAGGAUUUCGAGUCGUCUUGGAACCACCUCGAGGCCGUCACCUUGAAGAUGCCAGGGCCGUACGCUUCCUGCUCGGCACUAGGGGACCCGGACGAUUCUCCUCCCGAUCGCCGCCUCAGCGCCGUCUACCCCAGGCGCCGGUUGUCAUCCAUCGGAGGCACAGACUCCAACAGCUCCGGUAGCGUCGAUACUUCCGACCUAACGGAUCCUGAGCGGGCGCAGGUGGAAAGCUGCUUCCGGGGACUCAAGACUCAGGUGUUCGUGUGCGGAUCUCUGGCCAAUCUGUACCUGGGGUCUGCAACCCACAAUAGCCCCUGGGAGCUGCACUACACCGGCAUCCCUGUGGUGCUCUUGGAUUCUGGAGAGACUCGCAGUCGGAGCAAGCGGAGGAUACAGAUCCUCCUGGCGGAGCGCGGGACCUGCUUCACUCUCUGGAGUGAUACCAUUGACAACCUCUCCGCGUAUAAGGUUUCGGGUCCAUCAUUCCACACGAUGUGUCUGUCCUCCGACCACACCAAACUGGUUGGGCUCAGCUUUGACUGUGUGGAGGCUGCGCAGGAGAUGUGGCAGCACAUUGAUCGCCUCACCGCGGACCCUGAGAACAUCUCUCUCUCCGUGCCCAAGAAGAACAAGAAGCCCAAGAAGAAGCAAGCGGUACAGCCCCUGCCCCAGAAAUCGCACAUCUCACAGCCUUGCUGCUUCCAGCACAUAACCAGUGUUGAGCCGGGGGAUCGCACACGAUACUUCUCGCUACAAACACUACUCCCCGUGCUGCCUGACGCUUCGAUAUCGUCCAGUCCCGACCACUCUGACGAGCUGUAGACUGCUACCAUCCCGUUGUACAAUCUAAGUCACUUUUUAGUGUUUGUAAGUUUAUGUAUAUAGCUGUUUUUCAAGGACAUUUUUAUAUUGAUUAUUAGUAUUUCAAAAUAUUACAUCAUGUAAAUAUAUUAAUACCAUUUAUAUCAUAUAGAGUAGUCUCUAGUAGCAGGUAGUUCCUUUUUCAGUUAAACUGAAGAAAGGUUUAACAUACAAAAUAAUACCGCUUUUUUUGCAAUCAAUCAUUUGGUUGCUUACUGUUUUGUGGAGUGAUAAAUUUAAAACAUCUUCAAACCGUUGUUUUAUUGAACAAAUGUAGUUUAUGGUCUGUUUUUAUCCAUGUUAGUUCAGAUUGUUGGAACUAACCUUUAUAGUCAGUUAAAUCAAAUCCUGUGAUGAGAUAUAUAGUAAUCUUGUAUAGAUCCUGACUUAGCAGGGUGCCUUUAUUAGUUACGGUUAGUGUACAUAUACAUAUACUACUUAAUAUUACUUUCUAAUCGUACAUUCAAAAUCAAUAAAGCAAGCUUUUAUGUGUCUAUUUUAGUGGUGUUUUACAAUUUUUAAAGCUUUUAUAAAUUAAAACCAAUAUAUAUAUCAAAUUAGUAAAGAAAUAUGAAUAUUUCCAACCUACUUAAAAUGUUGUUAAAAAGCUAUUUAAAUAUUGUGUGUUAGGCUGUUUUAUUUGUUACUUUAAUUUAUUUAUGUUGAUAUCCUGUUUCUUCAGUUUUAAGACUGAUGCAUAAAAAUGCAUUGUAAUAAUUUAAAAUGUGUGUUUUGUGUUUGUUUCAUUGAAUGCGUUUGGAACUCAUUAGCCUCAUUCUAACUUCAAUAAUUUAUUUCAUGUAUACUUGCUUAAUUUAUAACUAGAAAUGUAUUGAGAGAACAAAUUUGGUUGCUAACAUAAGUUACACAUUGGUUGCUAACAUAUAACAGUCAGCUCCCCACCGAGUCCAUAGAAUAUCAAACAAUAAUUUUACUUUGAAAUUAUAUUGGAUCCCAUAGUUGUAUCUGUUGUACAGUAUUAUGUUUAUUACAUUCUGAUUAGAGAAAAACCAAUAUAUUAUUGUAUGCUACUCGUGGCCAUGGCCAGAGUAAGAAAGGGCUUUAUGUGAAAUACCAGUUGUUUAGAAUGUUCUCAAUUUUAGAUUAUGUUUUAUUGUUCAAAUAAAGUUUCAUUGAUAAA